AUGGGCAUGACCUCUUGGAUGAGAAGAUUCGUUCGCAAGCCCCCAACGAAGCAGACAUCGACAGAUCACUCGAAACCAGUCGUCAUACGCGGAAGGGACAAGCAGUCGGAAGGGACCCUACCUGCUGGCUUCCACGCCCCCAAGCUUCAGCCAUCCUACACCUUUCUCAAAGGCGCUUGGAAAGAGAAUGGACAUGCCUUCCCCACCACGGAUCUGCGCUCAAACGAUGUCAAGAUCAAGCUCGUGACAUGGAACAUCGACUUCCAAGCCGUGGCCGGACCCCAGCGAAUGGCUGCUGCACUACAGUACCUCAAAAAUACCCUCAUCAGUAGCUCCUUAGCUGCAGACAUGCCCACCGUGGUCUUCUUCCAAGAAAUGACUUCCUCAGACCUCGAUCUCAUCCAGGCGACGUCUUGGGUCCAGUCGCGCUUCCGCAUCACCGACAUCUCAUCCACCAACUGGCUCUCUCGCUACGGCACCACCACGCUGAUUGAUCUCCGCUUGCCCAUAGGAUCCGUCUUCCGGACACGAUAUGCUAGCAAGAUGGGUCGGGAUGCGCUCUUCGUCGACCUCGAUUGCAGUGACGGUACGCGCUGUACGAGGAAUGGCAGGAUCCGGUUGGGAAAUACCCACCUCGAGAGUCUCGCAGCGGAUCCACCUUUGCGGCCCGCUCAGGUGGCUCUCGCGACUCGGCUCCUAAGUGAUGAUAGUGUGCACGGCGGGGUCUUGGCUGGGGAUUUCAAUGCUAUCCAAGGUUUUGACCAAACGUUGCAUGUGAAAAACGAUUUACAGGACGCGUAUCUGGAGGCAGGCGGGAUCGAGGGGGCCGAGAAGGAGGGAGGCGAAAAGGGUUGCGAGAAGGGGUGGACGUGGGGAAUGCAGAGCCAUGGGGGGCAGAGGGAGAGGUUUGGGUGUUCGAGGAUGGAUAAGAUGCUAUUUUGUGGGGGCGUGAAGUUAGAGCAAUUGGAGAGGAUCGGAGGAGGGGUUAAAGUGCCAGAGGGAGAGGUAGGAGAGGGGAUUUUUGCGACGGAUCAUUUGGGGUUAAUGGCGGAUCUUGUCAUAGAGUAUUAG